AACAUUCUCAGGAACAUGCCCUGCUCCCUGACAGAGCUUCUCCAUGUGAUCGCCAUUCUUCUUCAGUCCGAGCUUCCACACAGGGCACUAUAAGUGUGGAACCCAUCUCGAAGAUAUGCAACAUCAAGAACAAAGGAUAGAUCAAAGGUUGAGUAUUAGUUCAUCUCUGUCACCAUCUCCUUCUUGCCAUUCCAUGCCGCUGACGGCGUCGUUGCUGCUGCUGCUAAUGGCAAUGGCGGCUCGGCCGGGAGUGGCAAAGUUACUGUACGAUCAGAUCGAGGUCACCUGGGGCGGUGACCACAGCUUCUACUACAUGGAGCAGCCGGGAGUGGACGUCCUCGCGCUCUGCCUCGAGGAGACCAACGGCGGCUCCGGGUUCGCCUCCAAGGAUGCCUACCUCUUCGGCCGCUUCGACAUCGACAUCAUGCUCGUCGCCAACAACUCCGCCGGCACCGUCGCCACCUUCUACCUGUUGCCGGACGAAGUGCCGUGGCAGUACCACGACGAGAUCGACCUGGAGUUCCUGGGCAACGCCACCGGCGAGCCGUACACGCUCCAUACCAACAUCUUCGUCGACGGUGCCGGCGGCCGCGAGCAGCAGUUCCGCCUCUGGUUCGACCCCACCACCGACUUCCACACCUACUCCAUCGAGUGGAACCCCAAGCACAUCAUAAUCCUCGUCGACGGCACGCCGGUGCGCGCGUACAAGAACCACGGCGUGCCGUUCCCGACGUGGCAGCGCAUGCGGCUGCACGGCACGCUGUGGAACGCCGACGAGUGGGCGACGCAGGGCGGCCGCGUCAAGACGGACUGGACGCGGGCGCCCUUCUACGCCUACUACCGGAACCUCCGCGUGACGCCGUGCGUGCCGUCGCCCGGCGUGGCGUGGUGCGGCGACGAGCCGCCGGAGUCGGCGUGGUUCGAGCGGCGGCUGGACAAGGCGGCGCUCAAGGAGGCGCAGGAGAAGCACAUGAUCUACGACUACUGCGUGGAUGAGAAGCGGUUCAAGGAAAAGGGGCUCCCCAAGGAAUGCACCACGGAGUAAUCAGAGUCUGUUCGUUCACGCGCGUCCGAAGUGUAGCCCUUUUCUUCGUUUAGUUUUUGACAGAAAUUUGCCUCCCUUGCUUGGGUUGUACU